CUUACCGCCAUUGCAGUAAAGUCCGCAGGUGCGGGCGCACCGUUCAACCAUGAAUGGAGUGACAGUUGGUCCAGGUCCGGGACCUGAUAGCGAAGGUUCACCAGGAGUGGGCCAUGGGAGGCCGGAAGGGCCAUCAAAUGGCCCAGAGCCUCACAAAGGUCCUGCAGGCCCACCAGGUCCUGAAGGUCCACCAGGUCCAGGCAGGCCAGGUUUCCCUGGCCCCCCGAUAGCCGUUCCAGGGCUAGAUUUCAAAAACCCAGAUGGACCGGAUUCCGGCAGGCCCAGUCGCCCUGACCCUCCAGUAAUAGACCUGGAUUGGGUGUUGGUCAACGAAUUGGGACAGUUCGGGAGGUUCCAGUUGUACAAUCUUCUGCUCGUCUCCAUCCCUAUCAUCAUGUCUGCGUUCAUGAGCGAGUACAUUUUCUCGGCCGCUGCAGUGCCACACAGAUGCGUGAUACCAGAAUGCGGUGAGAUCCCUGGCGCAGAACACGAGUACAGUCCAAAUUGGAUCCUGAACGCGAUACCGGCUGAUGGCAACGGAAACCCUCAGAGUUGCGAGCGCUACGUACCCUUAAGUGGAAGUGGCACUCCGCAAUCCUGCCCCGCUAAUAUCUUUAACCAGGGUGCUACUCAGGAAUGCGAUGGUUUUGUGUACGAUAGAACUAACUCUGUUGUGUAUGAUUUUGACCUGGGCUGCAACGAAUGGCUACGAGCACUGGCCGGUACCCUCAGCAGCGUGGGCACCCUUCUAGUCCUUCCCAUCACCGGCUUCGUGUCCGACAAGUACGGCAGACGUGUGGCCCUCGUCAUCAGCGUGUUUAACCUGGCCCUGUUCGGUCUUAUCAGAGCCUUCUCCGUCAACUACCCCAUGUAUCUCGCCUUUCAAGUGCUGCAGACUACUCUUGGUGCUGGCACGUUCAGUUCUUCUUAUAUCUUUGCUGCUGAACUGGUGGGUCCCAAAUACCGAGUAAUAACAAGCGCAACUUGCUCCUCCAUGUUCGCCGUCGGCCAGGUCAUCCUUGGCGGCGUAGCCUGGCUGGUCCAGCCCUGGCGUUACAUGAUCCUGGUCCUCCACAUCCCCUGCUUCCUCAUCAUCGCCUACUACUGGGUGCUGAAAGAGAGCGUGAGGUGGCUGCUCGCUAAAGAGAAGUUUGUGGAAGCUAAAGAGGUUCUAGAAAGGGUUUCAAAUGUGAACAGGAAGGAGAUUAGCGAGAAAUCUAUGCAGGCGUUGUUAACGCCCGCGCCUGUGGACGAAAAUAAGACCGAUAGCUCCGAUGGUCUCCUCAAGACGAUCGUCAAGUCCCGUAUUCUCCUUCGACGGGUCCUGACUACUCCCAUCUGGUGGAUCACCACCACCUUCGUGUACUAUGGCCUAUCCAUCAACUCCACCGGUCUCGCCGGCAAUAUGUACCUCAACUAUAUUCUCGUCUGCGCCAUCGAGAUUCCUGGCUUCUACACUGCUGCGUUGGUGUUGAAUCGCGUUGGAAGGAAGAUUACGCUCAGUUGCGGUUUCUUCCUGGCUGCCGCUUGCAAUAUUAUCUUCGCUUUCAUUGACAAUAAUGAACUAGCGACCUUCAGCCUGAUCCUCUUCCUGGUGGGCAAGUUCGGUAUCUCCGUGGUGUUCACGUCGCUGUACCUGUUCACGUCAGAGCUCUAUCCCACGCAGUUCCGUCACACGCUGCUCGCGUUCUCAUCUAUGAUUGGUCGCGUUGGUUCGAUCACGGCGCCGCUCACGCCUGCUCUGAUGGAGUACUGGGAGGGCAUCCCAUCCCUGAUGUUUGGGACCAUGGGCGUGAUCUCGGGCCUGCUCGUGCUCACGCAGCCCGAGACCCUGGGCACGAAGAUGCCCGACACCCUGGCGGAGGCCGAGGCCCUCGGACAGGCGCCCAAGGUCAAGCAGGCCAGCUGAUUC